AGGGGAGCUCCAGGCUUGAACUAGUCCAUCCAUUCGGCUAUGCUUAAGUAGGCUAUAUACUUUAGGAAUCUGCAAGAAAAAAAAGAGGUCACUAUCAUAUAUACGCGCGUUAGUAACGUACCAACGGGCGUCUGGUGUGGACGUGUGAAACAUUCUGCAUAGAUCUAACGAUGGCACGCCGGUGCUGUAUGUUUGUUAUAUUUGUGUUCUUCUUAUUGGAAACUGCCCACUGCCAGGCGGAAGGUUUAUUUGAAAACGGACAAGAAUACCAAUACAGCUACCAAACAUACACUUUAACUGGCGUUCGUGAACCGAUUUGGUUUGGCUCUUCUUUCGGUAUCCGUGGCAAUUUGCUCAUCCAGAAACAAGGAGCGGAAGCCAUACUCAAACUUUCAGAUCUAACUUUGGGUAUGCACAAUGGAGACGAAGCUCUGUUCAACACCAUCAAAUUUCUCAAAAAACCGGAUCUAGUUAUUUUAGAAAAGCCGUUUAAAAUUUUGUUUUCGAACGGGAAAAUUACCGGAUUCUAUGUUGAAUCGUCGGAUGUUGAAUGGUCAGUCAACAUCAAGAAGGCCCUGGCAUCCAAGCUGCAGAUGGAUGCCUCUGCCGGAGAUAUUAGCAAAGGGGAAACCCCGUUCAUGCGUACGGUUGAGGACACUAUUAACGGUGCCUGCACUACGAGCUACACUUUCAGCGACGAUGGAAAAGGUCGCUAUUUGCUUUUCAAACAGCGCAAUCAGAACGACUGCACUAAUGUUCCUCGUGUGGGUUUCAACACCUUCGGGACCACCACCUGCACCGGCAAACAAGAGGACGAGCUUCAAUCCACAACUCAAGUUUAUUAUAAACUCAGCCGGGAAUUGGGCAAAACUUUGAAGGUGACCCACAUUUCGUCGUUUGGAUAUCAAGUUCUCCAAUGGUACCCACCGGCAGGAUCUCCCCUCUACAAUCGAGCCAACACUACAAUGGAACUAAAAUCAUCGGGUCCCAUUACUAAGCCGAUCCCUGCAUCCGGCCUGACCAAGCACCACGCGAGUCUUCGUUACACCUUCAAGCGUCCGAUUCCGACGGCCGAUGAAAUCAACUUGUCCCGCGAAGAAGAUUAUUUGCACCCAGAAGAGCCUCAAUCACAACAAACCCUUCGUAUCAAAGCUAUUCCCGUAUUGACUAAGCUGAAAGAAGUAAUCGGUUGGUCGCCUCUUAAUGAGGAAGCACUGAUAGAUCCUGCCACCUCGAACGCCAUUCAAUUGAUAACCGCCAUGAGCUUGGAAAGCUUGCAAGCUGUUUGGAAAAGUGUUGAAAAAGACGAGGAACUCAAGAACUUGUUCACUGAGAUCCUUCCGUUAACCGGUACAAACCCAGCUGCUCUGAUGGUAAAGGAGUUGGUUUUAAGUGGUAAGCUCUCCGACGUGGAAGCUCAGCGCAUGGUGGCUUUCAUCCCUUAUUACCUGCGCCUGCCAUCUGAAAAGCUGCUGGCAUCCUGGGAAGAUCUGGUGAAAGGCAGUUCCAGCAUCAAGACAAAGGAAUUGAAGUCUGCCAUCGCAAUCGCCUUCGGUCACCUUGUUGGAGUUACCUGCGAGAGCAAAUUAAGGCCGUGCAAGAACGACACCAUCAACAAGUACAGUCGAAUGGUUUACGAUGCCUUCAAAUCGGCAAAGACCCACCACGAAAUGGUGGUGUCGAUCAUGGCCUUGCGCAACACCAAUUUCCCGUCCGCCAUCGAGCGUCUCGUUCCGUACGUCAAAACCGUUCCGCAAGCGGUCCGUCCUUACGUCAUUUUCGCCCUGCAGUUCGUGGCUGUUUCCAACCGCGACAAGUUCCUGUCUGUCAUCAUGCCCAUCAUUCACAACACGACGGAAGCCACCGAGAUCCGAAUGGCCGCCAUCUCCACUCUAUUCCGCUCCAGACCUACCGCCCUCGAGCUGCAAGAGCUGAUUGGCGUGGCUCUCAAUGAAAAUAAUCAAGAAGUACUCAACUUCAUCUUGACGACCGGACGCAACUAUGCCGAUACUAAGAAUCCUUGCCUCCAGUCCACCUCCUCGGAUCUGCAGCUGCUGAUGCGUCGUGUCGACCAUUUGAAAACUGACUUUUUCCGGUCCAGCAAUCGCGUCUUUGACUUUCAAGAUGGGAAAUAUGGCUUCGGAGGCGGUGUUCAGUUGGCCACAGUAUACGGCGAAGAAUCUCGCGCACCCCUUAUCAUCUCCGCUCGAGCCAACUAUCGCAUUUCUAAAUAUCGACACAUUCCCUUGGAGAUGAUGCUUCGCUUCGAAGGUGUUGACGAUGCUUAUCUCCGUCUCUUCCGCAAGAUGGAUGCCAAGGACUUCAAGUUAGACACCCUUAAGGAUCUGUUGCAGAAAACGUUGAAAAUUGCUCCUCGCCAAAAAUCUCAGUUUAAGGUGGAAAUUGUUUUGCGAUCACAAGGCUACGAUUUGAUGUACCAUCAUAUCGGUGGAGAUGAACUCGGUGCUCUGAUGGAAGGCAAAGCGAUGAAAGAGUUGCUCUCUCGCGGCGUCAAGCUGACUCGCAGCAUGGUCAUGCUGGGCGGAAAUCAAUUCAGUUGGAGGCCCAACGAUAUCGGUUUAGCCCUCGGCGUUGGUCUAUCCACUCCUGCUUUCGCCCGCCACCAGUUAUCCUACGGAAACGUCAAUACAGCCAACAAGAUUGGUCGCUCCAUUCAGAUCGAUCUCGGCAUGAAUUUCCAGGUGACCACUUAUCUAGCCGUCUACAAUCCACUGGGCGUUAGGCAAGGAAUAGUCAAGACGCGCGGGUCGCGCUUCCAUUGGCCGGACAACGUCCAGGUUUCAUUUUCUCCGGCCGACACUCAGAUCGAAAUCAAAAUGAGCACGCCAACAGAAGAGAAGCCGCUGUCUUUACUGUUUACCAGUAAAACCUCGGCCGUCGUGUCCAGUCGAGAUGCUGACUCUAAAGGCCUUUCUUACCUUAAAGACAGCUGCCCCGAAUGUGAACCCAACGCUUUGGUUACUCGAGGCGAGAAAUUCCGCAAAGGUUUAGUGGUCCGUGAAAGCAUCAACUCUCGACUGGGAUUGGAAUCGCAUGUUGAGGUUAGUGACUGCGAAACUUACACGGGCAAGGCUUCCAUCGCCAAACUGGUGUACGAGUCGUUCAAACCUUCCGAGAUCAAUUCGCACGGCAGCGCUCCGGGUUUCUUGGUCAUGGGAUUGAUGCAGAUGCGCAACUACUUCUACCACUACCCACCCACCGGUACUUGCUCCAUGAAAACGGUUCUGCACCGGACUCGAAUCAAUCCGGCCGAAGCGAUUGAAAUCAGAUUGAAAGCGGAUUCGAACCCACCUCCUUGGAGGAGAGCGCCGCCCGGAGUGACGUACAACAACGUCAAAGGCUCCGUCACUCUACUCGGCACUCCCGAACGCAAAUGGAACGUCGAAGUCAACGUAGAGAAGGAGCCGUUUAAUAUUCGGUCGUCGGUAACUGUCAAGAUCGCCCGAUUAAGUAAUCCUACGCUUGGCGUUCCCAGCCGAGCUCUUUGCGUCAACGUGAAAACAAUUUGGUCCGCUCUACCUCAAGAUAUUUUCGAGACCCCGUCCAUCGUCCAGCCCUCCGUCCAUCGUGAUGUCACUAUGGUCUGGGGUGACGCUCCUGCCAACGAGUGCCCCAAAGCCAAUGCCAAAGGUAUUUCUACGAUGACGGUUAAAGUCGUCGGAAACAUUACGGAAUCUCAGCAAGAGGCCGCCACCAUCCGCAAUUCGUACCCUUACGAUCGCUGUGAUCUGGACCGCAAUGACGCUGGACGUACUGGCAUUGCAGGUCCCAUGACUCGGGCUUGUUACGACGCCGUCCUUCAUUACGCCACUCCACGCAGUUACAAAUUCGACAUCAAAUACGAGAACAUGUCACCUGGUGGUCAGACGGCUCUCGAUCGAAUCAACACUCUGCUCAGGCCCGUUCUGCUGCCUUAUUUGAGCACCAACAGUCCGUUGACUCCGACCAAAAACGUCGCUGGAACUGGGCACAUUGAGCUGAAAGUGGACGUCGGAGAAGACGACAUAAAUCUUCUUGUCAAAACGGAUCAAGCUCACAGUCAGUACGAGAAUAUCGACCUCCUCAAGAGUACGCGCGUGAAAUUGCGCAACGCCCGGCUCGACAUGUCCCAUCUGACGGCCAUCGAGGCCGGCUGGGUGGGCGUUUGUGACGUCGCCCCAAAAGCGGUGGUGACCUUUGAUAAAACCAACAUGAACUAUGACCUUCCGAAAUGCUACACGCUCAUAUCGGCUGACUGUUCCCCCACUCCGCGCUACGCUAUCUUUGCUAGGAAAACCAACACUUCGUUGCCGAUGGCUGCCAGGGUUCACGUCGGAGGGCACACGCUUGAAUUCAACCCGAUGACCGACAGUAGCGUUGAGCUGAAAGCCAACGAUAAGAUAGUCAAGAUCGAGACGAACAAGCCCUACGUCUUGAGCGACAAGGAUAACAUUACGCAAUACGCCAUCGUCAACAAGAUUGGAGCCCGCUAUUUUGUCCAGGUUCCUGUUCUCAAGAUGAGUAUACGCUACACCGGCGAUGAUAUCGUCACCAUGAUUCCGGCUAUCCACCGGUCUCAGUUGUGCGGUCUAUGCGGAGAUUACAAUGGGCAGUUCUCCAACGAACUGGUUGGCCCGUCGGGUUGCAUCAUGAGGAACGCCACCGAUUUGGCCCAGUCCUACGUUUUGAGAGAUAAAAGCUGCAAGGAGACCAUCCCGACUCCAGUUUGUGCUGAACCUGGAAGCGAGAAAAAGUCUUCCGGAAUUCUCAGCUAUCUCUACCUUGACCGACUCAUCCGUUCUUAAAUGUCACAUGAAUUUAUAUUCAAACCAGACCUGGUAUAUUUGAUUUCCACUCUUUUUACCAAAGAUAACAUGAAUUUUUGGUGGCUAUUCUGGUUCUCUUUACUUCUUACUUUUGAUAUCGAGUUCCUUUGAAUAUAUUCCUUAACCUUCUAAUUGACACAUCUACUGUGCUGGACAAAAUUGGACUUCUGGAACUUUAAAUAAAUCCUCUCAUAGCUC